UUGAGCGAGAUCCGGCCCAUACGUUGGCAGGAAGGCAAGUUGCUGCUGUUGGAUCAGACUCGGCUUCCCGUGGACGAAACCACCUUUGUGGUGGAGCGGUACGAACAGGCGGUAGCCGCGAUUCGCGAAAUGCGAGUGCGUGGGGCACCUGCCAUCGGCGUAACUGCCGCAUACGCAGUCGCCAUGGCCGCCCGUGACAUCCGGGCCAGCGACCGCGCCGAAUUUCUGUCUGCCCUGGAACAGGAUUGCGUUCACAUCCGGGCCGCACGCCCGACGGCAGUGAACCUAGGCUGGGCUGUAGACAGAAUGAUGAAUGUCGCUGAGUCAGUUGACUCAGCCAAAGAGAUUCCCGACCGGCUGGUUGCAGAGGCAGAGGAAAUUCACCGUGAGGACGAGGCGAUCAACCGUCUCCUUGGCGACUACGGUAAGGAGCUGAUGCCCGACGGUGGGUCAGUGUUGACGCACUGCAACACCGGUGCCUUGGCCACUUCGGCCUUCGGCACCGCGCUGGGUGUGAUUCGCGCCGGGUGGGAGUCGGGCAAGCGGUUUGAGGUAUUCAAUACCGAAACGCGGCCUUGGCUGCAGGGAGCGCGACUCACUUCGUGGGAGUUCCAGAAACUUGGCAUCCCAGCGACGCUUCUCGCCGACUCGGCUGCGGGCAUGCUUAUGCGACAGGGCCGGAUUGGCUGCGUCAUCACCGGUGCAGACCGGAUCGCUGCCAACGGUGACACCGCUAACAAGAUUGGCACUUACAUGCUGGCGGUCCUGGCUCGCGAGAAUGGCAUCCCGUUCUAUAUCGCCGCUCCCACUAGCACCAUAGACCUCGCAUUGCCCAACGGGGACGGUAUCGAGAUCGAGCAGCGCCCCCCGGAAGAGGUUACGCGUUACGGUGGAGUGGCGACAGCGCCCGAGGGAGUGUCAGCGGUCAAUCCGGCUUUCGAUGUGACACCGCAUCAUUACAUCGACGCCAUCGUUACGGAGCGGGGCAUUGCGUCGCCUCCAUACACCGAAAGCCUCAUUUUGGCCGUUAAUGGCGGCAACUGA